AUGGGAUGGACCUGGAUCAUUGUCUUCCUUUUAUCAGUAACUACAGGUGUCCAGUCCCAGCUUCAGUUGCAGCAGUCUGGUGCUCAGCUGGUGAGGCCUGGAGCCUCAGUGAAGCUGUCAUGCAAGGUUUCUGGCAUCACCUUCACUGAUUACUACUUUAAUUGGGUGAAGCAGAAGCAUGGACAGGGCCUGGAGUGGAUUGGAGAUAUUGAUCCAGAAGAUGGUAGUACUAACUACAAUCAGAAAUUCCAGGGCAAGGCCACAUUGACUGCAGACAAAUCCUCCAGCACACUCUACAUGGAGCUCAGCAGCCUGACAUCUGAAGACUCUGCAGUCUAUUACUGGUCUGCACAGGCCUCAGGAAUGACUGACUACUUCCUCAGAAAGGAUAAGGAAUUAGAACUCAGCAUCCUGCUGCUGGACACUCUACCUCCUCCUUCUCUAGCUGGACUAGGUGUGCACUCCCAGGUCCAGCUGCAACAGUCUGGGCCUGAACUGGGGAGGCCUGGAGCCUCAAUGAAGUUGUCCUGCCAGGCUUCAGGCUACACCUUCACGGAUUACUACUCCAUUACCUGGGUGAAGGAGAAGCCUGAACAGGGCAUGGAGUGGAUUGGAAAGAUAUUUCCUAGAGAUGGUGACACUAUCUACAAUGAGAAGUUCCAGGACAAGGCCACACUAACUGCAGACACAUCCUCCAGCACAGCCUACAUGGAGCUCAGCAGCCUGACAUCUGAGGACUCUGCAGUCUAUUACUGUGCAAGACAAGAACACAGUGUUUCAACCACAUCCUGA